CCUUUGAGAAUUUAGUGACCAAACAAGUGCUUGUCCUAACAGCACAUUUGCUGCCUGCAUUCCUUGACACGAAGGUUUUACACUCUGGCAAAAGAUGCCCAAGAACAGCACAAGUACAAAGUGAAUGAGCCGAAAUCAUAUAAUCUAUCUAAAGAAUGAAAAGUUGGAUUAUAGUGCUGGCUAUUGUAGUCAGCACAAAAGAAACACAAAAACAGGACAUCUGUACCCGAGGGUAUCCUGGCAUCCCUGGCAAUCCUGGACACAAUGGCAUACCUGGACGUGAUGGACGUGAUGGCUCAAAAGGUGACAAGGGGGAUACAGGCAAAACAGGACUUCCUGGAUCUCCAGGGAAAGAUGGUGCAAAUGGAGAGAAAGGAGAGCAAGGAACCAAUGGGACUGUUGAAGAGAAAGGGAACAAAGGAGAAAAAGGAGAAAGAGGACCACCUGGGAAACUUGGACCCAAAGGAAUUAUAGGGUCAGUGGGUUACAAAGGUCAGAAGGGAGAACUGGGACUGCAGGGGCAAAAGGGAUUAAAAGGAGACAUUGGGCCCAUAGGUCCAAAGGGGACCAAGGGUGAAAUUGGCCAUCCCGGAAGAAUUGGUUUGCCAGGGCCUAUUGGCCCAACUGGUGAUCCAGGUCCUAAAGGUAAUACUGGCGAUUUGGGGCCGCAAGGUAAUCCAGGAGUCCAGGGGGAAAGAGGCUUGAAAGGGGACAGAGGAGAUAAAGGAAACAUCGGUGCCACCGCAGUCCUGCCAAGAAGUGCUUUCAGUGUAGGCCUUACAGUCGGCACCAAAUUUCCCCCUUCUAAUCGCCCCAUCAAGUUUGACAAGGUGCUGUAUAAUGGCCUAAAUGACUAUAAUCCAACUACUGGCAAAUUCACCUGCAAAUAUUCUGGUGUUUACUACUUCACCUACCAUAUCACUGUCUAUGCAAGGAAUGUUAGAGUAGCUCUAGUGAAAAAUGGGAUCAAGCUGCUGCACACUGUGGACAGAUAUCAAGGCGCUGAAGACCAGGCCUCUGGAGCUACUAUCCUUGAACUCCAGAGCGGAGAUGAGGUGUGGCUGCAGGCUCACCCAGGAGAAGCUUUUAAUGGGUUGUUUGCUGAUGAGGAUGAUGACACAACCUUUACUGGAUUCUUACUAUUUAGUAACUCUGACAUGCUGGAGUCACUCCCAUUACCCGUAGGGUAAAUCCACGUUCUAUUGUUGUUUGACUUGGGCAAAUUGUUGUUUGAUUCCUAUUGACCUGAGUUUCAGGGUGUUGUAAGCAAUGGAGGUGCUGUAUUAUAAAGCAAUGCUGCUUUACUUCUUUAGAAUUCUUCCCCAGUCUUCAACUUCCUAAACUACUUCCAGCUUGCAUUUCGAGCAUUUUUUCCUAAGGAAACAAGACUUAUCCAAGAAUGCUGUAUGGCUAUGUCCCCCAGUUCUCCCUAAUAAAGUUUUCAUCUCCUGGCCAAUUUCAACUGAAUUCAAUAGACAACAGAAAACAUACAGGGAAGUACGCCAAAGUCUAGAAAGGAGAACAAAGACUGCCUUGUCCAAGGCCUUGAGCAAGGAUGGGACCAGGUAGAGAUCUCCCUAAAAGUUUAGUAAAAAAACUGCAGUGGAAGGAAAAUGAAGAAAAUUCAGCCAUUAUCCAUUUUGUUUCAGAGCAGUGGGCUGGCCAUCAGCAUUUCUGUAUUGCUCAGACAGUCAGAACAGCAAACUGUAGCUAUGGGAGGAACUGAAGUCAUCUCAGUGGAAAGGUGCAGGAUCAUACUACAUGUAUCUGUAGAACGGCCAGGACUCCGUAUGCCUGCAACUGCUCUUUGUUCAAGGAACAACUUACUGUGCUGCAUUUUUCAUGAUUAACUGUUAAACACACCUCAAGACAAGAGAAAUAAGCACAUUCUGAGGAGUUUGUAUUAAACUCCUUUUGUCCCAGUCACAAAAUUAAUGUUUAUUUAAUAAACUGUUCUAAUCUACUGUUGCCAAAUUUGCUUUUUAAAAGAGGCAAAAUUAAUGGGCUUGCACAUUUUAUGCCUGUAGUUUCAGUACAAUUGAGUACAAUUAGUUUUAACGAAUGGCUUCUGUGUAAGGGCAACUCUUGUGUCUACAGUACUGGGCUUGACGCAUUAUUGGUUUGGUAACAUACUACAACUAUACAGUGAUACUACAUACACCAGUUUUGAAGGACAAACGUUUUAAAAGAAAGUGGGACAACAUUUUCUCAUAUGAUCAUCAAAAUAUUACGGUACCUUUUAAAUAUAUUGUAUUACCCAUAUUUCAAUUUAUAAAUGCGAGUCCUAUUAGGAGUUCUUUAGAUUCUUUGCCUUUGACUUUCUUUAGAUUUCAUAUAUCACAGACAUGCAAUUUCCCUUUCAUAUGCCCUUGUGUAAGAUAAUUUUCACUCUUCUGGCAGCUUCAGCUGUUCAAAAAUCAUUAUUCAGACUCUAAGCAUGAACUUGGAUUCAGAUGUAUAUUUGAGUUCUACCUUUUUUGUCUUUAGAACUAUUUCAAACUUUUGAAUUCAUGCACUGUUGUAAUUCUAGCAGCUGGAAUUUAAGAAAAAUGCUGUCACAAGACCUACGAUAAAAUUGCAAGUUCUGGCAAGUAAGAGAUGCCAUCUUGUCUAUACAUUAGAUAGUAGUUAUUUCCAAGCUAGUUUGCAUCUUUCUAGGUGGUAUGUAUUGAUGGAGAUGAAAUUAGGUUGGUUUGCAUCAUUUCAAAAUAAGUUUUAAACUUGGAUUUAGCAGAGUUUGACACCUCCACACAGGCUGCUUGCUUUUUGGCACAGCUUUUGGUGCAGCUGGUCUGAAUUUUUAAACAUGGCUUUUAAAUAUGGUUCUUUGCCU